AUGUACGAGGUGGAUCCAAGUUACGAUCGCAAUAACCCAGGCUUCUCGAAUCUACUCACCACAGGCUACUUUGUGGUGGUCACGGUGGCCACCAUCGGCUACGGAGACAUCACACCGACCAAAGGCAACGUGGCAAGCCGCUGCUUCGCUGUUAUGAUUAUCAUGUCGAGUACGUUGUUCUUGUCCAUGCCUGUGGCCAUUAUCGGAGCAGAGUUCGAUCGUGCCUGGAAGCAGCACGCAGAGAGUGUCAAGAAGUUCCAGCAACUACAGGCAGGAACCGAAAUCCUCGUCAACGCUUAUGGUCGAGGCUUCACUCAGGCACUUGUCACCGAAGCUACGUCCCAGGAUUUCAAUUUAAGCCACCUACGUGACAUUACUGGCGAUCUGAAGCAAACGACCGAGUUGUGUUUCCUCAAGUGCGAGGAACUGGCGGUAAUGGUCCGUCAUAUGAUUGUUGCAGAGUCUCAGGAGGUUGCUGCACCGCCAACAUGUAUGAUCAUCGUCGUGUUCCAAACCAUGUCAGAUCUUCAGACGUAUGGCGAGCGCAAGGUUCAGCGUUACUGCGAGAAUGUCCUGGACAUCGCUGUUGGGGGCCUUGAUCCUGGUUGCUUUUCUGUUGACAAUUCGAACGCCAGACUCCGUUUUGGUUGCUCUGAUACUGAGAAACUCGAUGAUCCAACCUACUAUGGAUAUCCUGAAAACUUUGGUAGCAGCAUCGUGGACGACAGACUUUCGUGCGAUGGAUCAGACAAGAUAACAAUCUAA